UUUUGGUUGAUUACUGGUUGAUUACAGUGAUUUAUUAUGAUUAUAUUAUUGUUGUAACUUACUUAAACGUAUUACCUAUAUUCUUUGGUAUUAGUGGUAUUAGCCACGAUAUUUAUAUAGUCUGGUAACUAAAAACUGGAUAAUCGCAAGAAUGGCCAGAAACAGCAUUAAAAUUCUCCCGGGUGCAUUAGUUUGUGAAGAUUGCAAGUUAAGGGGUGAUAUAACCAUUGGUUCAGGGACUAUUAUUCAUCCUGGAGCUACUAUUAUUGCUGAAGCUGGGCCGAUUAUCAUUGGAGAUAACUGUCUCAUUGAGGAGCAAGUGAAAAUAGUUCACAGGAUACCCUUUGAUCAAAAAGACAAAGAGAACACUACACCAGUUCUUAUAAUUGGUCCUUUUAAUGUUUUUGAAGUAGACUGUACUGUAGAAUCUCCAAAAAUUGGCAGCAACAAUGUUUUUGAAUCCAAAUGCUUUGUUGGAAAUAAAGUAACUGUAUCAAAUGGUUGCACUAUAGGAGCAGGUUGUAGAAUUACAGAAGAACAAGUUCUUAAAGAUAAUAUAAUUAUUUAUGGUAAUAAUUGCCAUUUGAGGGAAGGACUGGACAAACCAGUUUUACAGACUUUGCAGAUGGAGACACUCGCUAAGAUGCUUCCAAAUUAUCAUCAUCUAAAAAAACCAAAUACAAAAGUUUGAGAAACAGAUAUCGCUAAUUAUUUUGAAUUAAUACCAACUGCUUGAUAUAUGGUUUAAAGAUAGCUACAUGUAAAGGAAUGAGUCAUGAUUAAUAUUAUGUAUAAAUUAUUCGUUUGUUUUUAUUAAUAUUUAUAAUAAAAAAUACCUAUACCCC